UUUUUAUCUUCAGUAUAAUAUUAUUUUAUCCCUAUUUUCUUCAGUAAACUUAUAUUAAUCAUCGUGUAAAUAAUCUUUUUUUACAAUUAUUUGAUUACAGUAAUAAAACUAAUAUCCUUUUAUUUUCACAUUUUCUCUAAUGUUUUGUGUUAAUUUACUUAAAUUUAAUUGAAUUUUUCUUAUUUCUGUGAUUAUUCAUGUGGUCAGUCCUAAACCUUGAUCUUUAUGCCUAUAAAAAUAACUUCUGCUAUUCUUAACAGGUUAAAAUUUAGUAAUAUCAGAAUGUCUAGUAAUUUAAAUAACACUGAAGCUGUUUCCAGUAAAAUGGAAAAAUUAAACAUGGCCAGUUCCAGGGAUCAGACCAACUUCAUACUUCAAAUAGUGGAAGAUGAUAUUAAAUCAGGAAAACAUAGAGAGGUAAUAACACGUUUUCCCCCAGAACCUAACGGGUUUCUGCACAUUGGCCAUGCAAAGUCUAUUUGUCUAAACUUUGAACUACCAAAAAAGUUUGGUGGAAGAACUCACUUACGAUUUGAUGAUACAAACCCAAUGAGUGAGGAGGUGAUGUACAUUGAGUCGAUAAAAAACGACGUUAAAUGGCUAGGUUAUGACUGGGGAGAACAUUUAUACUAUGCCUCAAAUUACUUUGAUAAACUCUAUGAGUGGGCUUUAGAAUUAAUAAGGAAAGGUCUUGCAUAUGUUGAUGACCAGUCAGUAGAGGAAAUAAGGGAGUCCAGAGGCUCACUAACAGUGCCAGGAAAGGAUUCUCCGUAUAGAAAUAGAACAGUGGAGGAGAAUUUAAAACUGUUUGAAAUGAUGAAAGAUGGUGAAUUUCCCGAUGGAAAGUGUGUUUUAAGAGCAAAAAUUGACAUGAAAUCAAGUAAUAUGAACAUGAGAGACCCAAUUAUGUACCGUAUAAUAAGAGCGCCUCAUCCUAAUACAGGCGAUAAAUGGAUUAUAUAUCCAAUGUAUGACUAUGUUCAUGGACAAUCUGAUAGUCUAGAGUGUAUAACUCACUCGAUUUGUACCACCGAGUUUGAGUUACACAGACCUCUGUAUGACUGGUUUCAGGAAAAACUAGGAAUCCUAAGAACAAGACAGAUUGAAUUUGCAAGACUCAAUCUUUCAUAUUGCGUCAUGAGUAAAAGGUUACUAUUACAUUUGGUAAACACUAAGAUUGUUUCUGGGUGGGAUGACCCUAGGAUGCCAACAAUCUCAGGUCUCAGAAGAAGAGGAUGUACACCAGAGUCAAUUAGGAACUUUUGUAACAAAAUUGGAGUAGCCAAAAGAGAGAAUAUGAUCCAAAUUGAACUCCUGGAAAACUGCAUCAGAGAGGAUUUAAACAAGGUUUCAACAAGAUUUUUCGCAGUCCUAGAUCCCCUUUUAGUUGAAAUUGAAAAUCUCGACGAUACAUUUACUGAAAAAGUUGAAGUUCCCUGCAAUAAUCCAAACUAUACACGAACUUUAACGUUUUCAAAGCGGAUUUAUGUUGAUCGUAAAGACUUUUCAGAGUCACCUUCAAGUGAUUUUUAUAGACUAUAUCAAGGAAAUGAAGUCAGACUUUUCUACACCUAUUGGAUCAAAUGCACCAAGGUAGUGAAGAAUGGAGAUGUGGUGGAGAAGUUAGUGUGUGAAUAUGACCCGAAAACGAAGGGUGGGAAAUUGGAAGAUAAAAGUAGGAAGGUAAAGGCGACAAUACACUGGUUGGGAUCAAAUGACUGGUUUCCUGCAACUUUUAGAUGGUAUUCAAGGUUAUUCACAAAGCCUGACCCGAAGGAAGGAACCGAAGGUGAAUUUGGCUGGUUGGAAAAUGUUAAUAAGGAGUCACUUAAGGUAUAUAAGGGAAUGGCUGAGAAGACUGCAACGCUACUGAAGGUUGGAGAACCAAUUCAGUUUGAGAGGACGGGAUAUUUUACCAAGGAUCCAGACAGUACGGAUACUGAACAUGUUUUUAACUUAACAAUAACGCUGGUGGAUUCCUUUGCUAGUAAUAAGGAAUCCCAGCUACACAAGGAGUUGGAGAAAAAGAAGAGAUUGGAAGCAAUUGAAGCCAGGAAGGCUAAAAAAGGGUCACCAAAAUCUUAAAUUAAAUACUUUAGUUAUACCGUAUAGUAUUUUUAUUAAUGUGUUGGUUUGGAA